AUGGUACAAUCAAGCCCUUGUCAUGCUGGCCAGAUUGCUGUCUUGGGCAGGUUUCACAUCACAUCAAACGUUCCUGAUCCCAGUGGGGAAUCGUACCAACAGAUUUUUCCUGUUUGGACAAUUGCCGUCACCAAGAACCAGAGACAGCUGGCGACAGCAACCAGCGACAACAGAAUCAAUCUGUGGUGUCUUGUCACGCAUCAACUCUUGGCACCCCUGAUCGGGCACGCUGACACCAUUUGGCGCCUGGCCUAUUCCCCGGAUGAUUUGCUGCUGGCGUCAACCAGCGCGGACGGCACCGUGCGGCUUUGGGAGGUCAGUACCGGUCUGCCGGUCAUGAUACUUCCGCGAAAUCAUGCAAACUGGGUCUGGAGUUUGGCAUGGUCGCCUGAUGGAAGUAGGCUUGCGACUGGAGGUUCUGACGCUCGCAUCCUAAUUUGGGAUGCGCAGGAAGCUGCGGACGGGGCGCAACGGGUCCAGGAACUGAGCGCGCGCGCUGCGAUGGACCCUUCAUGGGCACAAACGGCCGCAGAGGAGGCUGAGAAGGCAACGUUUACUGCAAGGAACUUCGGGCGUCCCUGCAAGUCAGCUCUGCGCUUCAUGCUAGAGGUGUGA